AUGGAGCAAUCGGCUCAAAACCCCAUGCAGGGCUUGCCCGGCAAUAACCACAGUUCAAUGCCCCCUGAAUUCUGGAAUACCCUCGAAGCCUCGUACCCCGACCCCGACCAACAGCUCCAGCAGCCUCCACUGCAGCACGAGCUCGGCUCAAACCAACCCUCGCUCGGUAUCGAUUGGGAUCAUCCUGUGUUUCAACAACAAGCAAGAGAGCUUGCUCCUCGACCAGACCCGAGCCAUGGUGUUUACUCCUCCCUCCACCAACCCUGGCAGCAAACAAACUCUUUGCAACAAGCCCCACAACGAGGUUACGGGGCAUCACCUCAGUACCAGAUCCCCCCUUCGCAAUUCCAGCAAGGCCAGAUCAAUUUCGAUUCUCGUCCGUUGAAUGCGUCUGAAUCCUCGGCAUUCCCUCAAUACUCCUACUCCACAAACUACUUCCAGCAACAACCAAGCCUUUCCGACUCCUUCCCCGAACAACACACCCAGCAGAGACUGCAGCCACGACCGCAGCAGCAAUCACGAUCAUCGAUUCCGUCUUAUCCGUUGCCCCAAGGCUACUCCUCUGAGAUGCUGCAGAACACCAUCGACUUAACCAAUGAUUUCCCGGACUCGGACCCUAAUGUCACGAUAAACCCUCAGUUCCUAAACUCCCCUCAGGCUUACAGCCAACAGCAGCCUCUGCAAAACAAUUUCAUACAGGGGAUCGAACAGGAUUUCCAAAGACCGGGAAGCCAACAAAUUUUUGAUUACUACCAGAAUGGUAUUCAAGUUCAACAUCCACUAUCGUCGACAGGCCAUCCAGCACACAUGCCUACAGGUUCGCCAACACCCCAGGUUGUGAUAACAAACAAGAAGCCUGCACCCAAAAGUCAAACAAAGAAGACUACAGCAAAGGGCGCAAAGAUCGCAAAACAAACAUCUUCUAGGUCCGAGAGUGAAAGCUCAGAUGAAUCAGAACUUGAGAUCGAAGCUCCCGAUGAGCCGUCACCUCUCCCUCCGCUUCGCCCGAAAGAGCCCGAAGCAGCGGCACAGUUUGACACUGUCCAGGCUGUGUGGUCACCACGGAACAAAUGGCCAGGACCCGAGAAGGUGAAAACUGCGUUGGUAGCCUACAAAGAUCUCGUCAAAUCACUUAGAGAUGUCUGGAAGGAACAAGUCCAGGCCAUGAAAGUGGCAGAAAACCAAGGCGAUAACGUCAAGGCAGCCCAACUCAAAGAGCAAGUGACCUCACAACGCCGAAUGAUGGACAAAAUCGCGACCACCACGUUGGAGAUGGGUCAUCCUAAUAUUGUUGAGAAGCUGGGAGAGCACCCCAUGGUGGUGGCAGCUCUGUACUCUUUCUUGGUGGAUCGAUUCCAAGCCACCGACUUUGCUGGUACUUUGACCAUCAAUUUACUUAAGCUUUUUGCUCGGUUCACAAGCUUGUCUGAAGACUUGAUGGUGAAAACAAAUCUCUCCAAGUUGUUGCCCAAGUUUAUCAAGAAAGGCGGCCAACAAGUGAAAGAUCUCACACAAAAGAUUUUAGACAACGCCGCAGCUUCCACAAAACGCAAGAUGGAGAACGACAAGGCUACAAAGGAAGACCAGCAGACCAAGGGCGUCCCAACCGAUAGCGCUGGCGUGAAACGAGCUCGAGAAGUCGAUGGCGGGUUGCAAUCCGGACCGAAGCGAAUGGCCGUUGUAGGCAAUUCCAAGGAUGCAGGCAAAGUUGCGCCUGGGUCGAACAAGGGAGCUCAAAUGAAUAAGCUACCUGGUGCAACCGCCAUGCGCCCCAAACCCACCAUUGUCGCCCCCAAACCAUCAAGUCUGUUCGGUACUCUAAGCUCGGCCUCAAAAAGACCUGGCACCACAAAUGCAGAGCGGGCUGCUGCCGCUGCCGCCGCAAAACCAAACGCCGCCAGUGAAAAGGAAAAGAGCUCGGCACCGAAGCCAUCUUUCUCAUUCGGGGACCUUAUGGCGGAUCUUAACAAGCCAAAGGAAGCCCCAGCUCCUAAGCCCGUUGAAGACCAGCCCCCUGAGACUGAAGAGGAACGCACUAAGCGAUUGCGCAAGGAAGAGCGACGCAAACUACGCGUGACUUGGAAACCCGACGAUGACCUCACUGAAGUUCGGCUCUUCACUCAUGAUCCCGAUGAAGAAUUAGGACCUGGCGAUGGGUCAAUGCGCAGCUUGGGAGAUGUGAAGGGCGAGGGCAGUGUUCUCAAGCUGCACAAAGAUCUAGAUGAACUCGAAGAAGAAGAUCUGGGAGGCAUUCGUGAGGAAGCGUUCACUGACGACUAUCAAAUCUCGACUAUCGACUACGACUUUGAAGCACCCAUGGACGGUAACUUCAUCAAGCGCGGUGGUCCACUGGUGCCAGCAAGCCCAGAGAAAGAAGCUCAAGAUCACCGAGAGGCCACCACACUCAUGGUCUUCCACACUUCGCCUGCCGAUAUGCCUGAUACGCCAAAGGAACCACCAAUCCCGGAUCCCGAAGAGAUUGUUCCAGAUGUGGUUCCCUUUGGUGAACUACCCGACCUCGUUAAAGCUAGACAAGAACGCUACUAUGCCUUCAUUAAUCCCAAACCGGCGGCUCCGCAGCAACCGCAGCAACCAAACGCUGCAGGAAAUGGUAUCGAUAUCACCAACCUGCUGAAGAUUAUCCAGGGUGGUGCGGCAGGCCAACCACCAGCUCCGCCUCCCCCACCACAGCCAGCCCAACCCGAUCUGGAAAAGACGAUCAACAUGUUCCGACAGCAACAACCACAGGCACCGCCUCAGAUGCCAACUAUUCCACAAGCUGCACCAGUUGCCGCACCCCAGCCCCAAGGAAUUGACUUCAACGCAAUUUUGAAUGUCAUGAAACAAAUGCAGGGACCGGCUGCGUUCACUCAGCCGCAACAAUUCCCGCCAGCAAUGGCCCCUAACCUUGGCGCUAUGUUCUCGCAAUUUGGCGGACAGAACCAGCAACACGCUGCUCCUCAUUACCCGCAGCAGAAUUAUGAUUACGAUGACCCAGAGCGUAAGCGGGGUCGUGAUAACGGUCACUAUGACGAUUUCGACCCAGCGUGGAGCCGGUCGAAACGAACGAAGAGCACCGACAAGCCCUACAAGGUAGGACUUGUUGCCUGCAAAUUCUGGGCCGAAGGCAUGUGUCGCAAAGGCGACAACUGCACUUACCGUCACGAUCCACUUUAA